AUGGAAAUUCGUCCUUCCGAGCACGAGAUGAAACCAGAAUCAGAAAGUGUCAAUCAGCAUAAAUGCACGGACAGUUGGGUUUUACCAACCGCUGAUCCCAGUGGUGUCCACAACGCUGGUUCCCUUAUGGCGGAGGACGGGGCUAAAAAUACUGGGCGAAUGGAACAGAAAUCUGAUUCUACGAUGAACGACUUACCAUUGGAGGAUACAAAUGUCGAAGACUCACAACGGGGUCUGAAUCAAGCAUUUGCCGAAUUCAUGUUUUUCUUCUCCAAGAAUCCGAGAAAGAAAGCACCGCUCUACAACAUGACGCUAUCUCCUCAAGUCAGUAAAUGGUCCAUUCGCUACAAGUCAUGA